CAGAGGUUCACGCAGCUGCUAUGCACUGCUUGGUUCCCGAUCCUGCAUGGCAUAGGCGCAUGUCAUCCAUGUAGAGUCGCUCAGCCCGUGGGACACAUUCACGAAAGAAUUCUUGCUUCUUUGCUUUGUGGAAUACGUUUUGUGACCGCAAAGCAAGCUAAUCUCUCUCGUUGCUGCAGUGGCGGCAUAUAAGCCCACAACAUCAACAUCCGACUCUUGAGCAAACGCUACAUCAUGAAGGUCAUCAUCGUUGGUGGCGGUAUCGCAGGCCUCACCCUCGCCAACGCCCUCUCCCAAGCCGAAGAUAUCGAGUUCAUUCUCCUCGAAGCACGCUCCCUGCUGGAUCCUCAAGUCGGCGCCUCCAUCGGUCUCGGUGCGCAAUCUUUGCGCAUCUUCGACCAAUUUGGCGCAGCGCAAGCGAUUCUCGACGAGACUGUUCCUUUGACCUACGCGAGAGGUCAUUACCCGGAUGGCAGGCUGAUCAGUGAGCCACAACCUAUUUUCCGACUACUCGAACCCCGUCUGGGAUACGGACUGAGUUUCCUCGAUCGACAGCUGGUUCUGCGAGCUGCGGCGGAUACCUUGGAAGCCAAAGUCGCAGAGACGGGCCGAGGACAGAUCCUUUUGAACAAGCGUUUGGCGAAAGUCGAACAUUACGACACUGGAGUCAAGGUUCUCUGCGAAGAUGGAACGUUCUACGAGGGAGAUGUUGUUGUGGGUUGCGAUGGGGUGAACAGUCGAGUGCGAAAUGAAAUGUGGCGAAUUGCGGACGUACAGGAUCCGGGAGCUUUUUCGAAAGAUGAAAAGAAUAAGAUGACAGCGGAGUAUAUGUGUCUCUUUGGCAUUUCUACGCACGUUCCCGGCGUGGAGGAUCCUGGGUGUGCAGAUUUGACGUAUGAUAAGGGGAGGGGAUUUCUGGUGAUUACGGGGAAGGAGAAGAGAUGUUUUUGGUUUUAUUUUGAGAAGAUGAGUAAGGUGCAUCGAUGUACGGAUCCCAGCUUUCCGAGGUUUACGAAAGAAGAUGCGGAGAGAGUCGCAAAGGCGAAUUUGGGAAGGGUGGUGAAGGAGAACGUCUCAUUGGGAGACUUGUGGGAGAGGAGAGUGAGUUUUACGCUUGUACCGAUGGAAGAGGCGUUGUUUGAGAAGUGGUCUUGGGGCAGGAUGGCGACGAUUGGGGAUUGUGCGCAUAAGAUGACGGCGAAUCAUGGGCAGGCAGGGAAUAAUGCUAUUGAGAGUGCGGCAGCGUUGGCGAACCAGUUGGUUGCAUUGAGCAAGAAGACGAAAGAUCUCAAGACCGCGGAUCUCACGAAUGCGUUGCGAGCAUGGCAAGCGAAACGACAAGCACGAAUCGAAGCUACAGUGAAGGAAGCAGCGCUUGUCUGCCGAUACAACUGCCUGGAGACUCCGAUGGCGUACGUGUUCAAUUACUACCUGGUUCCCAGCCUGCCUAGCUUGAUCGUUGAUAUGCAAGCCGGAAAUAUGGUUGGCGCGGAGCUCCUGGAAUAUCUGCCUGUGCCGAAGAGGAGUUUGAAUGGAAGUAUGCCUUUCAAUCAGAACCAAGGAACAGGGAAGUCCGAGAACGUGAUCUGGAGGUCGCUCAGGGCAGCGCCACUUCUGCUGAUCGCGUGGUGGAUGUGGAGCGUAAGGAAGGGCAUGGGAGGCAAGUGGGACGAGGAAUGGGACGGAUGGCUGAAGGUCGUGGCGGAUCCGAUCAGUGCCGAUGGCGAGAGAUCUGCGAGGGUUGUGACAUUUCUGGUGCAAGAGAUUAUGUUUUUCGCAUUGAGGAACCUGGAGAGUGGGAGGAGAGCGAACAGGUUGAAUGUGUUCUUGCGGUUUCCGAUUUGGGUUGUGAUUCUUGGCCACAUAUACGGCGCUGGGGUCACAAUUCCCUUAUACUUUUUCUUCCACUACCUCACGGGAAGAGUGGAUGCUUUCGCAGCAGGAGACAUGCGAAUGAUGAACAUCGCAUACGUCAAGACUAUCUUGCCUUCGCUCCUCCUAGUGGAGGCAAACACGCUUGCACCGAUACUUCUCCAGACAUCAACAAAUCUCGAUCUCGGCACACUGAAAGUCCUCCGCCAUCUCGCGCCUCUCCCCAUCAGUCUCUUCCAGUUCGCGCUCACGCGGCUGAAUACGGACACAGAAGAACAAGACAUGAUCCGGAAUUACACGGCCGAUCUACCCACGAUUCGAAGAACCAUCUAUGGAAUGCUCACUCUCGGUGGUCUUGUCCUGUCAUAUCAAGCACUGAACUUCACGUCCGCCUCUCCGGCCGACAGCACCAAGAUCUUCUACAACCUCUUCUCCAUACCCUCGAACUUCGAUGUCCUCCAUUACACACAUGGCGCUCUCACCAACGCCAGCAUCUACUGGCUCGGCCUCCUAUUCUACGACCUCUGCUACGCUGGAAUGUGCUCGACUCCAAAGACGAUAAUUGCCUUCCUUGGCUUCCUGGUUGUCCAUCUCGCAGCUCCAUUCCAGUUCCGUCCGCUGAUCGAUGUGAGCUUUGUUCUCGUGGCUUGGCUCGUGAGAGAGGAGAUACUGGCUACGAAGAAAGAGAGACAUGCGAUCACGAAGGAAAAGUAUGGGGCCGGAAAGAGUGUAUGGGAGGUCGAAGGGAAGAGCACGAGCGUUGAGAAGACAGCAAAUGAGCCUCUGAUCAAUGGAAAACAUCGUGGAGGUAACGGAAUCGUGAAGGAGGUGUUGAACGGACAGUUGAAGCAUUCGAACGGAGUGCCGAAGAGCUUGGGGCCGGGAGGUGAGGGUGUAGGACCAAGAUUCUAGAAGGGCUGGACAUUCUUGCACAGGAGCGAUACUGGUAGUGACGCACUUUGAAGAUGCUGAUUCUCCAGUUCUUCAAUGCAUCAGAGAGCUUUCUGGGAGACAACCGCCGAGUGCGGCUUCGCUAUCUUGUCUUUGGAGUCUGAACUGCUUGGCAGCGAAGUGGGUCUUGUGCUACUUUGAUCAUCUUGAAACUGCAGACUUCUUCUAGAACGAUUAUCCCAGCUGAUGCCGAAGGCUAAAAGUGAACAAGAAUCGAGAGUGUCCGCCAAGCAAACCAUGCACGUGGAAAGGUGA